CCCUUGCGCGGGGCGCUGCGCGGCGCUGCGCGGGCAUUGCGCGGCGGCUGCGGGGAUGGGCGGCGCGGCGCUGGCGCUGCUGCUGCUGCUGCUGCUGGCGGCGGUGGCGGAGGAGCCUUGCGCGGCGCAGUACGAGGAGUACAGCGUGCGCGGCUUUCCCGCAGCCGCGCUGGAGCCCCUGCAGCGCGCUUACGCCCGGGCGCUGGCGCAAUACGCGGGCGCGCACUGGGCGGAGAGCGCCCGGGAGCUGGAGGCCAGCCUGCGCCUCCACCGCCUGCUGCGCGACAGCGAAGCGCACUGCCACCGCCGCUGCGCGGCUGAGGGGGGCCCCGCCGAGGACCCCCCCGCCGAGGGGGACCCCGCGGAGUGGGAGUGGGAGCGGGAGCUGCAGCUCUUCGGGAGGCUGCUGCGCCGCGCGGGGUGCCUGCGCGCCUGCAAGCGCGGCCUCCCCGUCUUCCAGCUGCGCUACCCCCCCGCGCAGACGCUGCGCGAUUUUCAGCGCCGCCUGCCCUACCAGUACCUGCACUACGCGCUCUUCAAGUCCAACAAGAUCGAGAAAGCGGUGUCCGCUGCUCACACCUUCCUGCAGAAGAACCCCAAGCACGAGAUGACCUUGAAGUACCUGAACUAUUACAGGACGAUGGUGGAUGUGGACGAGUACCUCGUCGACCUGGAGGCUCAGCCCUAUGAGCCGAUUUUUGUGCGGUCGGUGAAGCUGUACAACAACGGGGAUUUCCGGAGUAGCGCAGCUGACAUGGAGCAGGCGCUGGCCGAGUACUACAAGGCGUACGAGGACUGCCUGGCCGGCUGCGAGGGUGCCUACGAGUUGCAGGAGUUCAAGGACUUCUACCCUGCCAUCGCAGAUCACUUUGUGAGCGUGCUGCAGUGCAAGGUGGACUGCGAGACCGAGCUGACCCCCAACGUGGGCGGCUACUUCGUGGAGAAGUUCGUGGCCACCAUGUACCACUACCUGCAGUUCGCCUACUACAAGCUGAACGACGUGCGGGACGCGGUGCGCAGCGUCUCCAGCUACAUGCUCUUCGACCCGGACGACGCGGUGAUGCAGCAGAACUUGGUCUACUACCGCUUCCACCGCGAGCGCUGGCACCUGCAGGAGGAGGACUUCGAGCCCCGGCCGGAAGCUGUGCGCUACUACAACCGGACAGCCGCCCAGAAGAAGAUGCUGGACUUCGCCAGGCAGUACCUGCAGGCUGACGACGAGAUGGAGGUGGAUGAUGGCGAGGAGCCGGACCCGCGGGACCUGCCCUCGGACGGCGAGUUUGAGGGUGAAGGCGACUACGAGGAAGGCUUCUUCGCAGAGUGGUGGCAGGAGCCCAAGACCAAGGGGGACAAAGCUGACGAAGAGAGCCUCUGAUGAACCAGGCGAAGGGGACCCCGGCCCUGACGGAGCUGGACGGUGGUGGCCCAGCGAUGCCAUCCUGGGGACGCCGGGCUUCAGGCUCCUGCCAGCUGCUGCACAGAAACUCAGGCUCACCGGGAAGGGCUGAUCCUGCCCGGUGCCCACCACAGGGCUGCCUCUGCCUCCUGGACAUCCACUGCCCCGAGUCCCAGCGGUGGAGUGGUGGCACCUCCGCACCACCGUGCCUGACAGGGUGCCCCCCUGAGCCACCCGUCCCCGAUGUCCCCAGGAGCCCUGGUGCCAGCGGUCCCCCACAGCACUGGGGUUUGCCGUCCCCCUUGGCUCCUCCCCAGGAGCCGUGGAUGGGUGCCGGGACCCAACCCUUGUGCUGUCACGAGGCGUUCAGUGGGUUUCCCUGCGCUGGGUGCGACGCAUGUUGGUCCUGUGCAUCCUCGGAGCUCAUCCGGGGCUCCUGCCCUGGGGCUUCCAGCAUCCCACCAGCAGCUCGCAGAGCCCUGGACCCCCUCAGAGCCCAUGGCCCGGUGCUGCAGUGGGGGUCCUGGUGCUGCAGCAGGUGUCCCGGGGCUGCAGCAGGGAUCCCGGUGCUGCAGCAUCCCCGUGCCAGCGCGUGGCUGCAGCCUGGAGGGGCUGCAUCGCCCGUGCUCCGCGUGUGCCUUGAACUCUCACCACGCCAGCCCUCCGUAGCCUUAAGCUCCAUUAAUUUAAUACUUCCCGUCUUGCACAGUUGCUUUUUUUUUUUUUUUUAAUUAUUAUUAUUAUUUUACUGGUGCUGAACUUUUAAUAAAAUCCAGACCGGUCUUUUGACAGCU